AGUCAGCCCUAAUUUCUCUGUAUCUUCUUCGUCUGUGAGUCUCCGGUUCAGUCUCUCUUGCUACAGUGCUACGAUUGAAGAAGACAGCGACUGGCGAUUUUGGGGAGAGUGACCUGUGACCUAACGGCGAGCUGAGGCUGUGACUACGGCUAACGAUAUUAGUGCAUUUCGGCAGAGGUGAUAUCAACAUUUGUUCCUAGGAGGACAUACAUUUUUGCCAAUUCUGAUUCAGAGCCAGAAUAGCUUCCCAUAAUUUUGUUUAUAUUAAUUUGUUAAGACACCAGUAAAUGAAGUCUAACAGCAAAGCUCUGCUUGAUUUGGAGGGCAAAAGCACACCAUCUGCUUCGUCUUUGGAAUCGAAACUUAGUUUUUGCAAUGGAGAAGAAAGUUUUCUGUCCCGAAGUACUAAACUCAACCCUCCUGAUAAGAAACCUGCCAUUUCUUCCAUUCCUCAGAGCGAAUUUCUAGGUAAAGUGAAGGAUUUCCUGGGAGUGAUAUUGGAAGCAAAUAAAAAUUUGGAGCUUGAUUCGAAAACCAAUCCAGGGAAGAACUACGAUAUAGAAGCUCUGACUGGGGAAGAAUCUGAAUAUAUUGAAAUGGACUUGAUGCUUGGUGUUGCAGAGCUGCAAACUGAGGAAGCUGUAGCUGCUGCUGAGUCUGCAUUAGCUGGUUAUCAACCGGUGAUUCCUUUGGCCGCUAGUAGUAGCGAGACAGAAUCAGAAGAGAGCAGUGAUGAUGACGAUGACAGUGAUGAGGAUAGCGAUGGAGAUGAUGAUGACAACGGGGAUGGUGAUGAAGCUGAGAGACCUUCUCCUAAAAAGGGGAAAACUGCUAACCCUGUUGAAAAGGAUUGUUCUUCCAGUGAAGCAUCAAAGAAUAAGCAGCCAAGAAAGAAACCAAAAAUUGUUGAGCUUUCAUAGGACACUUUUGUGGGUGGAGGCCUGGACAUGGAAUAUAGAUGAGAGGGAUCUGCAAAUUUUCUCUAGAUUGAACUGGAAGUAGUUCCAAGAAGAGAGGAUUUUGAAUGUGUACUUUAUCUUCUAUUCUAAGGAAUCAAUCCUAUAUUGGAACCUAAUCUAUUUGCAUUACAUGGCUUUAUUAAAGCUAUUUUCCUAGUAUCAUGAUUUGAUACAAUUCCUGUUCUAUUCCUUCCCUCCAAAUUCAUUCCGUGAACCAAACAUGCUGUAAGGGAAUCUAUUGUUUGGAUAAUAAAAUAGAUAAGUCUAAAAUUUGAUUUUGAAGGCAA